AUGACGAGUUAUACAUUAGGACAAAAAUAUAUUUCACCUAUUAAACCUGAACGAGGUGUAUUUCCUUUAGAUCAUGAAGGUGAAUGUAAAGAAUCAAUGCUUAAAUAUAUGUUAUGUUUAUCACGACAUGAUAAUAAACCAAGUAAUUGUCAAGAUGAAUCAAAAACAUAUUUUCAAUGUCGAAUGGAUCGAAAUUUAAUGAAGAAACAUGAAUGGGAAGAUUUAGGCUAUCAUCAUGAACAGCAACAACAACAGCAAAAAUAA